CGUUAUGACAUCUGUCGCCUGGAAUGGCAUUCUGCAAUACAACAGUUGUUAUAACGAAAAGGAGGGGGAAACACACACACACAAAAAAAUAAUCCCUUAUAAAGAGCCACAGCAUUAGGGGGGCAAUGAUAUAACGCCAGUGAUCAAGUGGAACAUCAGAUGCUGUGAUAGACAGACUGAGAAGCUUGUGUGGGGGAGCUUGGGUGCGGAUGUGUGUGUGUGUGUUUAUUUGGAGGAGAUACAUCCUGCGAUAUUGCCUAGAAAUGAGGGCGAUGUUACCGCUUAUACUGUACGGUGCGUAAUUGGAAGUUUGCGCUGCGCUCCUGUGCACAAUUGCGCAUCGGUGGUGACUGUUGCACCAUAACUGUCCUGAUGUAAGGGGCAGCUGAGUGUGGAACGACUUCAGGAUACAGAUACGUCAUGAUGGAUCAAACAGCUACCGUUUGAUGCAACUUGGAUGUCUGGAGUCUGUGGCCAACUCCAGCGUCGCCUAUUCCUCCACAUCUCCUCUGGCUUACUCCACCACCGGCACUGAGUUUACAUCCCCUUACUUCUCCACCAACCACCAGUACACCCCACUGCACCACCAGUCCUUCCACUAUGAGUUCCAGCACAGCCACCCAGCAGUCAACCCCGACGCCUACUCCCUCAACUCCCUGCACCAUUCCCAGCAAUACUACCAGCAGAUCCACCAUGGGGAGCCCACAGACUUUAUCAACCUGCACAACGCCCGGGCGCUCAAGUCCUCGUGCUUGGACGAUCAGAGGAGGGAUUUUGGCUGCCUAGAUGCCUACAGGAGGCACGACCUGUCCCUCAUGAGCCAUGGAUCCCAGUAUGGCAUGCACCCCGACCAGCGGCUCCUGCAGGGCUCCGGCUUGGGACUCUCAGGCGCUGGAGGGGACGAUUUCCAGGGAUCGGUGGAGGCCCAGUGUGGAUUAGUGCUGAACAGCCAAGGAGGGGUGAUAAGAAGAGGAGGCACCUGUGUCGUAAACCCAACAGACCUGUUCUGCUCUGUUCCUGGCCGGCUCUCUCUGCUGAGCUCCACAUCUAAGUACAAGGUCACUAUAGCAGAGGUGAAACGACGCCUCUCUCCUCCUGAAUGCCUCAACGCCUCUCUUCUAGGGGGGAUAUUACGAAGGGCGAAAUCCAAAAAUGGCGGUCGUUGCUUAAGAGAAAAGUUGGACAGGCUGGGUCUAAAUCUACCUGCUGGCAGGAGAAAAGCGGCGAAUGUGACGCUGCUGACAUCUUUGGUAGAAGGAGAGGCGUUGCAUCUGGCCAGAGAUUUCGGAUACACCUGUGAAACAGAGUUUCCGGCGAAGGCUGUGGGGGAACACCUUGCCCGGCAGCAUAUGGAACAGAAGGAGCAGACGGCAAGGAAAAAGAUGAUUCUGGCUACAAAGCAAAUUUGCAAAGAAUUUCAGGACCUACUCAGUCAAGACCGGUCUCCGCUGGGCUCCUCCAGACCGACACCUAUUUUAGACCUUGACAUCCAGAGACACCUAACGCAUUUCAGUUUGAUCACCCACGGUUUCGGCACACCAGCUAUAUGCGCGGCUUUAAGCACCUUCCAAACGGUUCUAAGCGAGAUGCUAAACUAUUUGGAGAAGCACACGGCAAACAAAUCCGGGGGAGUGUCAGAAGGCAGCCAGGGAAACAGCAACUCAGAGAAAGGGCCCCUGCGAAAAUCAUCAGACAUUCUCGUAAAAGACGCCAAGACGGAAAAGACUGACUAGCCUGGUCGAUACUAUUCAGAGGGUUUUUUUUGUUUGUUUUUGCUGCUAUUUUUUUUUAUAAAUAUAUAUAUAUAUAUAUCUCAUUAGGUUGGACUACUUACACGGGACCAAAUCACUUCGUUUUGAAUGACAUUGUAAAUUCACAGAUUCUUUUUUUUUUUGCAAUUUUUUUUAAAUUAUUAAAUUCCCCCAAAUUAUUAUAUAUUAAAGACGCAAUUCAUGUUCAUCGAUGAUGGGGUGUCAAUCCGCAAAUCAAAAUAAAUAAGGGGAUUUUUUUUUUGUUUCCUCAACCUCUUAUUCUCAUCUUGUUUUUUUUUUUUAUUCAACGUCUACUGUUUUUGGUAUGGAAAAACAAACGAACAAAAAAACAAAGCACCAUAUUGAGAAAACUUAUAGAGGAUAAUAAAAUUGAAAGCAAUUAAA